ACUAAAAGGGAACGAUAUGUUGGCUAGUCGGAGUAUCUCAACUAUUUUUGUGUUGUGUGGAAUCGCACUCAGUUCACUUGUAUAUGGGCAAACUAUCGAUUGUCAAAGGCCUCCCAGACUUGUGGAUCCUGCACAAUGCUGCCGGGAUGGAGGACGCGAUAUGGUUGCAGAAAAAUGCGCACAAAAAAUAAUAGGACCACCCACAGGACAGAUGAACGGUCCGCCUUCACCGGAAGCUGCUACAUGCGUGGCGGAAUGUAUUUUGACAACAGCACAAUAUUUACAAGAGGCUCAAAAGCUUAAUGCGGCAAACAUACGUAAUGACCUAGUCAAUAAGUUUUCCAACGACACAGCAUAUGUGGAGGCAAUGGUAACUGCAUUUACUAAAUGCGAACCCCAAGCUCAACGUAGAUUAGCUGUUAUUCAGCAAUAUAAUCAGCAACAACCUAAAUGUAGCCCAUUUUCGGCUCUUUUACUUGGCUGCACAUAUAUGGAAUAUUUUAAAAACUGUCCAGCCCAUCGUUGGACACAAAAUGCAGAAUGUACAUUAGCAAAAACCUUUGUUACACAAUGCGGCUUGGGGGCUCAAUAGUUGUUAAUCAUAAUUGUUACAAAUUUAAAUAGCCGUUUUC